CUGUUACAGUUAGGUAGUGAUUUAUUUGAAUUUCCAGAUAUCCAGUACGCACGGAAUAAACCCCAACCUCUGUGCCUGGUCUCCUCCUCUCCUCCUCCUCUCCUGACGUCAUGCACCGAGCUGAGGCACGAAAAGAGCUGCUUGCAGCCGCACCACUGUGGAGAUCUGUGUGCUCAUAGCCAGGACUGUGCAGAGGAAGUGAGAGAGAGAGAGAGAGAGAGAGAGAGAGAGAGAGGAGGAGAGGUGGAGGGAAUAUACAGUUGGAUUUUUUGGAUACAACUGGAAAACUACCAAGCGCGCACAUUACGCACCGAGCAGAAAGGCACACAUCAACGCACAUUUCUCUCCCCCCAUCCCUCCCUCCACCCUUUGCGAUCGGAUUCAACCGAGAAUGGAGCUCCCUGCCGCCGGAGAGCACGUCUUUGCGGUGGAGGGCAUCGAGAAGAAGCGCAUCCGCAAGGGCAAGAUCGAGUACCUGGUCAAGUGGCGAGGCUGGUCUCCCAAAUACAACACAUGGGAGCCAGAGGAAAACAUCCUUGACCCGCGUCUCCUGGUUGCAUUUCAACACAGGGAGAGGCAGGAGCAGCUGAUGGGAUAUCGCAAACGAGGACCGAAACCAAAACAUCUUAUACUCCAGGUACCCUCAUUUGCCAGGAGGUCCUGUAUCCCCGCAGGUUUCGAGGAAUCAUCUCAGGAUGCAGAGGCUAGCUUCAAGUCCGAUCCCGUCCCGGUCCAGCGGCCCCAGCCUCAACAGUACCAGCUCAACAGCAAGAAGCACCAUCAGUACCAGCCCAGCAGCCAGGAGAUCCCCACCGACCAGCCGACCAACGGCAAGAAGAAGUUCAUCUACCAGCUCAACAGCAAGAAGCACCACCACUACGAGCCUGACCCGAGCAUGUACGACGCCCAGGCCUCCAGGCUCAAAGAGGUGGUCAAAGUCCAGGAGCCGGCCAGUAAACCGGCAAAUCCUGGCUGGAACUUACCGCUGGCCCUGCAGCAGAAAUGGGUCCGAGACAAAGACACAGGCUGCUUGAGCAAAGUCAAAGAGUUGGCGGUGGAGGUGAGGAAAACAGCCGUUAAAGACGCUGAGAGCGAACACGCCCUUAAACCCAACCCUAAAGACGCGACCCUGCCUAGCACCCUUAGCAGCAAAAUGAAGAUAAUCAAGAACAAGAACAAGAACGGACGUAUUGUUAUCGUCAUGAGCAAAUAUAUGGACAGCAACAAGGUUCACGGAGCGAAGGGUAAACACGGGGAGUCGUCGGGCGAAGUGAAACCCCAAAACGCCAAACCGUCGGAGAACAAUCCAGCGCACACAACCAAAAUGGUGGAGCACCCGGAGAACGGUAUCCCCAAAGAGCUCCGUAACGGCGGCUCCCUGCCCGGAGCGGAGCAUCCCAUAAAGUGUUCCCCAAAGGACAGGCAUUUCUCCAAACCUUCGCCGAGCACGGCAGAGGAAUACAACACCGAAGUGGCUCGCGGUCAGGCUGAUUUACCGGACGAUCUGCCCCUUCAGCUGACCGCCAGCUCGCCCAUGACGUCCUGGGCUGUCGACACCAACAUCCCGACGCCUACAUCCGUCGACCAUAUCAGGAUCCCUUCUUUUACCAGCGACCGCAAACGAAAGAUAUCGGAUCCCGCGGAUGACAGGAGCGUCUCCAAGACGUACCUGACUUCCAGAAGCUUCAGCGUACCCAGCACUGUGGUCACGCCACCUCAGGACAAACCUAUGGACCUCCACUGUAGCGGCCCGCGCCACAGCAGCACAUGUACGUACGAGGCGACGGACAGCCAAGAGGAGCCGAUGGAUCUCAGCUGCCCAAAGACUAAGAAACAGGAGGAGAUACAGCCGGAGAUACAACCGGAGCCCGAACCUGCCGUCACAAACGCACCUCCCGUGAUAGAAGACGAACAGAAAUCUAAAGAAAAACCUGCUAAGAAAAUCUCCCCUUUUAUGGGAAAUAUCAUAAUCACUGACAUCACAACAAACAGUCUCACCGUCACCUUCAAGGAAUACGUUUCUUUCUAAGAAACAAAAUACCAGCGACCGAUUGGAUGAAUCCUGUUAAUAUGUGCAUAUUGUAAAAAUAUCAGAAUUUUGUAUAUGUGGAAAUUUAUAAUUUAUCAUUCAAAUUCAAUAUGUUUCUUAUAAUGUUUUAUACUGUAACUCCUCUUCUGUGACGUCGUAGCCAAGAAAGUGCCCUCGAGGAUUUGAGCGAAUGCAUUCAGGUGGAUGUGUUCCACUUUAAAAAAUAAUAAUAAUAAUGAUUUGUCAUAAUGGGAUCCUUUUUUUGCCGUUGUUUCAUACCUGUACCAAACUUAUAACCUGAGAUGUAUGAAGGUUUAUACAUAUUUUGUAUGAAUAAUAUCACUUAUUUUGGUCCUGAUAGAAGGUAGAGAGGAUGUUUGUUGAGUAUGUGGUGAUCAAAGAUCAAAUUGAAAGCACUUAAUUACAUUUUCACAUGUUGGUUUGUGUCAUUACGAGCGGAGAAACAGCUUCUCUUUAUUUGGCUUUUAACUCCAGGACAGGCGCCGUCAUCCGCAUAUUUUAAUACACGUUUUGUUUUGUGGCUUGUUUCAGAAAACAUGACAUGCAAAUCUUGAAAAAGCAGGUGUGUCUGAAUACAGUGUAAACACAAUGUGUGACUCGGCUGUGUCAACAACCUUAAAAGAAAAAUGUCCCGGUCUUCUUUUCAUCUUUUGUCAGGUUAUUGUGUUGCCGUUGAGACACAACAAAGCCGUCAGUGAAUAACCCGAUCUAUUGCUAUGUUGCACACUUCACCUUUAAAGCAAACAUAUAUGGAAUAAAAUGUGACGUCUCAAAGGUCAGUUAACCAUUAAGAAAAUGGUGUCAUUUAUCAAACGCUCCCGUUAAAGACGACGUAUUGAUUCUUAUUAUAAUAAGGUCUUGAUUUAUUACUUUAUUAUUGACCUCACAUACUGCUGGAGUUACUUUAAAAACACAGUCUCAUUAGGGCUCUCCUAAUGUCACACAGAUUCAUCUCAUUUUGCUCUUGAAGCUCGUUAUAUGAUCUGAAGAACACACGUUAACUGCUAUUUGUUUUAGAGGAAGCUACCAGGGUCAUUAAUGAGUUUGUUUUAAAGAUUAAAUGUGAGUUGCAAGGCUGCCUUUGAACACUGUUACAUGCGAUCCAAUGAGUGCGAGCUGUUUGGAUUAUGCUGCUGAAACUUCAAAUGUCAAAGCUGUUGGAUGUAACCUACAUUUGAGUCUAAAUUGCCUUCUACGCACAUUUAAUGCAAACCAGCAAGAAUGCUAAAAUGCUAUAAUAAUAAUAGAUGAUUAAGCAUAUUUAUUAAUUUGUUGUUCAAAAACAAGAAGCUACAAGUGAUUCCACUGAACAGUUGAAAAUGUUUGCUUAUCUUCUGCUUUGUUUUGUUUAUUCUCGCACUUGGUUCAAAAUCAAAACACCAGGAAAGAGUUGGUUGACUUGUUGCUGUUGGCGCAGCGUGUUGGAUGGUAUGUUCCACAAUAAAAAGAAAGAAAGAGAAAUGAUAUGUUGUGGCGUCGGUUGCCGCGUUGAUUAAUUGAACGUACUAUUGUCAAACUUUGUCAUCUUGUUCCAGUGAAAGAUUUAUGCAUCGUUGUUUUCGUGCCCUGCAGUUUGUUAUUGAGCCUUUCUGCUCGUACGGAGAGAGAAUGGAACAAUAAACACUAGAAA